AUGAAAUCGGAAAUGUACAAUCUCAUUCCUCCCAAGGCACCGCCGAAUCUAACGAACCCAAACCUGUACGCCGGUCGCUCGACAAAACCCAUCCCAUUGGAACUAUCUUUGCCUUUACGCUGGCAAAGAGGAGCUCAGUUUUUAGGUGUUUCACUUUCAAUCACCUGUGGCAUCUGGGGGGUACUUUUUGCUGAUUUCGGAAAUGGCGAUCGCGAGAUCGUAUUCUCACCAGUUAAGUCCAAGCAAGCAUUUGGAAGCGUUUGA